AUGUCUGGCAUGGACCAUGGCGGAGGACAUGGGGAGUUGCGACCGAAUCAAUCCGCCGGCUUGGCCUUGGGGCUAGAUACCUCCGACGCUGACCGUUUCUCGACUUCCUCCACCAACUUCCACGAUGAUUUCCCUUAUGGCCUUCCUCCCUUCAGUCCCCGAGACUCUUCCCACCAUGGCGAUUUACUCAAAGACUCCCUCUUUCCCGAAUGGGGGCGUGGCACCACUCGCCCUGAACCGGAGUGCCCCGACGAGAUGCAGAAGAAGGACCCACUAGCCACUCAGAUUUGGAGGUUGUAUUCGAGAACAAAAGCCCAACUGCCCAACCAAGAGCGCAUGGAGAAUUUGACCUGGCGGAUGAUGGCCAUGAGUCUCAAACGCAAGGAGCGGGAACGCCUCCAAUCUACUGGCAGUGGCAUCGCCCAACUGCGCCAUUCCAACCGAACCUCCACCGCUCCUAGCACAUCAGCCACGACUACCACCACCGCUCCUACCGAGGACACGUCCGAUCCCAUGAAUAUCGAUGACUUCAUUGUUCCCUUCGAGUCCCCUGCCGAACCCUCGUUAUCACCUGCCGGUGACAAAUCUAGUGCCAUCCCUAUCAAGCACCGCAGCCAUCCUGACCCCGAGGAGCCCGUCCCCGCCUCGUUUCCCCACCCGCCCCAGGAGCAGCGCAGGAACAAUGAGUUUGGCUACGUCCAGCGUCGGGUGCGGAAAACCAGCAUCGAUGACCGUCAAUUCUUGGCCAGUUUCCAGGUUCCCACUCGCAAGCGACCGGCCGAGUCCUCUCCAUUGGUGCCGCCCAUUUCGAAUAGCAUGCUGGCCCACGAUCCCGAUCUCUCGUCCGGCGUCCCCGAUUAUUCCUUGGAUGCGUCGUCGUCGGCAUUUGGCCUUCACCACCCCAACAAUGGUAACCGUCAGAACAACAACCACAGCAACCACAGCAACAAUCACAACCCCCAUACGUCUCUUCCAUUUGGUCUGGAUACUUUUGGCUUGGACGAUCCGAUCUUGAACUCUGCCGGUCCAUAUCAGUCUCAUUUCACCUUCUCUCCCAACGACUCGGGUAACCCCUUUGCCAACCUCUACGCUCACACCCCCAUGGCCUCCUCGCUCAACUCGACCGAACUCUUCUCUCCACCCCCGUCCGGGUAUCAGUCGACCGUGUCCACUCCGCAGGCCUUGUAUGAAAACGAGCAGUCGAUGUAUUUCGACUUGCCCACCGCCGAUUCCCGCACGCAGCGUCGUGUCCCCAACUACCUCGCCCAACGAUCGUCGAACCUGUCCGCCUCGCUGCAUCCCCGGUACAUGUAUAACAAUGGGAACCGCGAUUCCCGGCAGCAGCAGCAGCAUAGCAUGGGUCAGGUUGGUGGAUUGUCUUCAGGGCUCCGGGCCCAGCAACAUAUCAACCCUUCGCACGUGCUGGGGACAACGGACUAUCCUUCCAACACCAACAACGCCCAUUCAGGGAUGUUCUCCUUUGGCGGGGAAUCGGACAAUGAGGACGAUGCACACACUUUCUCCGAGCACGGCGGGUUGGCCAUGCCGGCUGACUCGAUGGACGAGCAGGAUGAAGAUGACGACGGCGACUCGGCUAUGAACUGGGAGGCACAGAUCCCAGACUCCUUCCACUCGCUGCCCGGGUUUGGUCAGCACCGCAGGCAUGUCACGAUUGGAUCGCCCGACAUGAUGGACUCGAACGACUGGAACAACCACGCCGGCAGUCUGAACCGCACACAUGGAUCUGCGGCGUCGGUCAGUGAGGUGCGGAACCGUGAGCAGGAUCCCCGACGUCAGAAGAUUGCCCGUACGGCAUCGACCCCCAACGCGACUCAGCUGUUGCGCCAGACUAUGCAGAACAACAACACGCAGCAGCCCUCUCCCAACACGCCGCCCGAGUCGGGUCUCAACAGCGCUGCCCCAUCGCGACCGGCAAGCCCGAAGAAUGGCGAGCAGGGCAGCACUGGCCCUACGACGUGUACCAACUGCUUUACUCAGACGACUCCUUUGUGGCGGCGUAAUCCAGAGGGCCAGCCUCUCUGCAAUGCCUGUGGUUUGUUCCUGAAGCUGCACGGUGUGGUCCGACCCUUGUCUCUCAAGACGGAUGUUAUCAAGAAGCGCAACCGCAGCAGCGCCAACACUCUGGCGGUGGGCGCCUCGCGCUCGAAGAAGUCUUCGCGCAAGAAUUCGGUGCAGCAGGUGUCUAUGGCAGCAGCAGCAGCCGCCGCCACCGCGAGUCGUCCGCAGACAGCCACGACUACUUCGGAGUCUCCCCCGGCCAUCCAGGGCAGCAGCAAUAACGCUGCAGCUCCAAGUCGGAGUGCCAACACGAUGACCAAAUCCGGCGUUGUGCCCAUUGCGGCUGCACCACCAAAGGCAGCAUCGGCCUCGACCUCGACCUCGGGAUCAGGCAUUGGACAAGCACGCGGCACCGUGCAAGUAGCACCGAAGCGUCAACGACGGCUGGAAAAGGCCACUGACGCGGAAGCCACGGAAGAUAGCAACAAGUCCGCCGCCGCGAAUCGGUCCAAGGUGGUGCCGUUGGCCCCUGCUAUGCCACCGGCAGCAGCCAACCCGGCCAACCACAGCAUUGCUGGUGGACAGGGCGCGAGUCAAGAAUGGGAGUGGUUGACCAUGAGUCUGUAA